AUGCCCAUGUCUGGCCGGACAGCUAGCGAGGCCACGCAGCAACCUGGCAGGGGCACGUUGAUGUUCAUCGAGCAUCAUCCGGAGUCACAACCAACCGCAACGUCAAGGGUGGUUACGAGUUUUGCCCGUAAAUGGCAAUCGAGCCAGAAGCGACAGCACCGACGCGUCUCCGCCCGGCAGGAUGCGGUAUACGCCAGAAGCCUAGUCGGAUGGCAGUCUCGGGCAGUGAGGCUUCCGCCACAAGCCCAGCCCUCCACGCAUGACGAGAGCGAUUCCUCUUCGUCGACCUCGCAGGCUAUCACGAUCACGAGCUUGCAGCCAACAAGUGGACUUCGAAAGGACCCUUUCAACUCUCUGCCAUCCGAACAAAGUGCCGACAUGAUGUCUGUCGCUGACCAUUUCAUUCACGUUUGGGCGCCUAUGGCGAUCACCCAUUUUGACACGUUGAUUGGGUACGUUGAGAAGCGCCUGCGAGUGAUGCGUCCCCUCGGAUUCACUAAUGAGGUCGACAGCUCCAACACGUAUCUCAGUCUCUACUGGCCAGUAGCAUUACAGGAUGACAUGCUCUUUAGUGCCACAAUGGCCUGCACGAGGGCCGCAUGGUGCCUCUCGCAAGGACUUUUGCCCGAAACAGACCGUCUCCACCUACAAUGUCGAGGCCUGGCAAUGUCAAAACUGCGUCUCAGGCUCUCCGGUGUCUCACCUAUCAAUGUUGAGACCUUCCUCUUUACCGUAGACUACAUGCUCAGUGUCUCGUACAUGUGGAAGGACGAUGAAGCACUCGACAUACAUCUUGCGGCAUUCAGGAACCUUGCACAAAGAUACCUUUCGACCAAUGAUACCAGUACAGUGAUGAGCAGCGUUGUUGCUCACCGCAUGAAGAGCUGGCAAGCUCUGGACAACUACCGAAAGCAAACAGAUGUAUUCCGACAAAGGCUGGAAGCACAGUCGCCCGACACAGGCACGCAGCUCACGCGCAUACACGAUACACUCUCAUUGCGACAACUUGAUAUUCUUGCCUCAUCGCCUCCAGCCUUACGUCAACUGACUGACCUCGGUCUGCUAAGCAUUGAGCUGCUUGAUGUGGUCCUGCAGGUACAAAACCUCAUGGACAAUGUUUGUGAUAAGUCGGAAGGUCACGCCAUUGCGUCGGUUACUAAGCAGCUGAAGGGAGCCUUGUUAGCAGAACAUUUAACCGAUAUCGACAUGCAGAUUGGUUAUGCUCUAGUUGGUCUUUGUCACUAUCUUGAUCCAGACUUCACGAGCACAACAACAUUUAGAAGCAGCGGUUUCCAGUAUCCCAUUUCCAAUAGGCCUAACAGUCACCAGGAUUUGGACACCGUAGCGCAGACUUACAUCAACAGAAAGCUGACUCGAUGUCUCCACGUUUCCAACAUAGCACGAAGCUGCGCCCUUUGGUCGUCCACCCUUCUCGGUAGCAUCUUGCUCGAGGUUGGGCUCAGUAUCGACAUCAGCAAGCCAUUGUCCAGUGGCACGUUAGCUGAACAUGGCCUGAAGAGCAAGGGACACAUCAUUUUGGCUGCGACUGCUAGAAGUCUGACAUUCGAAAGCGUGGCCGUUCUUUCCGAGCACUGGGCUGCGCCGCUCCAAACACAAUGGCCGCCUCCGGAACCAGACUUUGAUCAACUCGGACAACAGUUCCUCGGCACUAGAGAUCUCUCCGAAAUGUGGCGACGAUGCUGGCGGGACACGAUAAGAAGGCAGCAGGAGUGGAAAGAGCAGGGUCAGCUACGAGUAGGCAACCCGGUUGGUCCGGACGAUGACGAAGGCAAGAUGGCGUCGAUCGAAACCGAGUACAUGGUCUUAAUGGAGGCGAGGGAGAGCUUCCCAGUGAUGUCCCUCUCGAACCUCGGGACGUUAAGGCAAGCGAGGAACGAGACGUCGGACACCCAUCAGUAA